ACGGCGCCGGUGGAGGAAGUUUAAACGUUACGUUGUUACGUCGAACCGAAACAAAUCCCACGUGACGCGGUUGGUUCGCCGGUGUGACAAAGACUCGCAGGUAACGCUUCCUGUGACGUCCACGCGGCGCCUCGUCGGGGCGACAUGUUGCUUCCGCUCCUCAUUGCGACUUUAACCGCCCUGCUUCCAGGCGGGCACGCGGCGCUGCCCCUCGUCAUCAACACGUGGCCGUUCAAGAACGCGUCAGCCGCAGCGUGGAGCGCCCUGCGGUCCGGCGGCUCGGCGCUGGACGCGGUGGAGGAGGGCUGCGCCCGCUGCCAGGCGGAGCAGUGCGAUGGCACCGUGGGCUACGGCGGCAGCCCGGACGAGUCCGGGGAGACCACGCUGGACGCCAUGAUCAUCGACGGGGACACGAUGCAGGCGGGCGCGGUCGGAGACCUGAGGAGAAUCAAGGACGCCAUCGGCGUCGCGAGAGCCGUGAUGGAGCACACGGAGCACACGCUGCUGGUCGGCGAGUCGGCCUCCGUGUUUGCUGAAAACAUGGGCUUCAUCGCAGAAGACCUGACCACCAACAGAUCUGUGAAUAUUCUCUCCCAGUGGCUGAAGGGCAACUGCCAACCUAAUUAUAGAAAGAACGUGUUUCCAGAUCCGUCCCGGUCCUGUGGACCCUACAAGCCCAGGGCGGCCGCGAGGCCGAGCGAGAGGGCGCGGCACGCCACCGCGCGCUCCCACGACACCAUAGGAAUGGUGGCUCUUGAUCGAGACGGUCACGCGGCUGCCGCUACGUCGACCAAUGGACUCGCUCACAAAGUUCCCGGUCGCGUCGGGGACUCCCCCAUCGUCGGGGCGGGGGCCUACGCAGACAGCUCGGCUGGUGGCGCUGCUGCUACCGGAGACGGAGACAUCAUGAUGCGCUUCCUGCCGAGUUUCUUGGCCGUGGAGCUGAUGAGGGCCGGGGCAGAUCCCUCUGCAGCCUGCGAGGCGGCCAUUUCCAGGAUCAGGAGGCAUUACUCCGGCUUCUUUGGUGCCAUCAUCUGUGCGAACACGACGGGCCAUUAUGGUGCCGCCUGUAACAAAGUGCCCGGCUUCUCCCAGUUUCACUACAUGGUGUCGGACUCAGAGUCCGGCUCACCUCUUCUAAAAUCUGUGGACUGCAUUUAAAAGCUCCUAUCAGUGUGUGCAUCUCUUUCGGGUUCUUCAAAAGAAUAAACUCUCACAAUACUGUA